AUAAAAAAAUUCCAAAAUUUCUCCCCCAUCAAAGGCAACAAAAAAAUAUUGUUAACGAUCUUCAUUUUGGUUUCAAACCCUGAUAAAGGUGCAUGUCGGAUUCCUCAACUUCACUCUCACCAUCAGAGAUCACUCUCCGUUUGCAUAACGAAAUUGGAGUCAUCCUGAAUUGGGUUUCCAGAAUUGAAUAAGCUCAGGUAUUUCAUUCUAAUCACUCUUAGGGUUUUGAGCAAUAAGAAUUUGGGGUUUAUUAUUAGGAUUUAGGUUAUUUCUCUUGAAAGCAAAAUUGGGGUUUGUUUUGAUUAACAAUGAAACGGAAAACGAAUCCACUACAUCGUAAAGAAGAAGAAGAAGUAGAUAGGAUCAGCAAUUUAUCUGAUCAUAUUAUUCAUCACAUUCUCUCUUUCAUUGAUAUGAGAUUUGCAGUUCAAACAUGUGUUUUAUCGAAAAGAUGGGUAAAUGUUUGGAAGUCACUCCCUUCCAUAACAUCAAAUUGGAUUUCAUUUUCAACAGAGGAAGACAGAAAAUCUGAGAUUUGUACUCCUGAGGCAAGCGUUAAUUUUGCAUAUUUUGUGGACAGUGUAUUUGAAUUUCGUGAUAAGUCAGAUAUACAAAUAGUUAAUUUGGUAUUUGUUAUAUGGGAUGCUCUGUGUGUAGAAGCUCUUACGACAUGGAUCCCUGUGGUGAUUCAGAUUAUGAGAAUGCUUAUCAUUACUCAAAACACUAUGAGAUUCCAUAAGUAUCUCGGUGGCGGACAUCCCUUAUAAUUGGUAUACGCGUAGUAUUUUACCCGAGUCGAUGAGUUUACUCAACUCCGAAAACUGACGCUGAAAGGAAUUUCAAUGCUUAAUUCAGAGCUACAAAGGCUUUUCUCAAGUUGCCCACUUAUGGAAACAGUAAUUAUACAAGACUGGGAUAUACAGAGGAACGAGAAUAGGAAGACCAACAAACGAAGGAAUAUCAUUAUUAGUUCACAAUGCCUUCAAUUUUUUGAACUAAUAGACAGGUAUCAUGAACGUCUUGGUUCGGCAGUUAAUUGUUUGAAUUGCAGUACCAAGAUUUCUGCUCCAUAUGUGAAGUACUUCAAGUGCACAGGAUUCCUUAGGGAAGAUUUUUCCUUAGAAAAUCUUUCUUCUCUAGUCAGUGCUCAUCUUGAAAUGAGAUGGAGAGACAAAAGAGAAGCAGAUGAGACUGCGGAAACAUAUUCCGACCUGCUUGCUGAGGAAAAAGAACUGUUUUCCAAGCGUAUGAUGAGAUAUCUAGGAGCAGUUCAUAAUGUGCAUCACCUGACACUCUUAUCUGGGUUCCUUGAGGUUCUAUUACAAGCUCCUGGCACAUCAAACCGUUAUUCUCCUCAGCUUUGUAAUCUAGAAACUCUGAAGCUGGAAAUGAUGUUUACAAGAGGCUCUGUGCGUUCAAUUGCAUACUCGCUCAAAAUCUCUCCUAUUAUAAGGAAUCUUAUCUUCAUGUCAAAGGAGUCGAAUUUAGCUGAUGUUGGAGAUGAUUGGGAAGCGGAAUACUCAUCAACGGGCAUGUUUCCUCACCUCAAGUCUGUCGAGAUUAGAGAGGUGGAAGGGUCUGAUAAUGAACUCAAGUUUCUGAUAUUUUUGUUGAAGAAGUCGACGGUUUUGGAGAAAGUGAUUCUGUUCUUUCGGUCUACCACUGCCUCACUUGAUAGAGGGAGACAAGUAAGGCAAUUUAAGAGGAGUGUAAGUGAACUUCCAACAGCUUCUUCAAGUAUCCAGAUGCACUUCGUCUGACCUUUGAAGAUGGCAUUGUGAGCUUACUAGAAAGAUACACAUGAAGCGAUUUAAUAAGAAGCAAAAACCACUUCCAAUGGCUUAUCAGGUAUCACAUUUAAGUUCUUUAAUCCUUGGUAGUAGAUGUCAGUAAUUGCCAGAUUACUGGAACUUGUAUAGCUUCUAAAUAUUUGAAACUUUUGGUACUUUUUGGAUUCCUUGAAAUUCAUGGAUAAUGUUUUUCGA